AUGGAGUCGCUGCCGCCAGCUUGGAUAAAACGAGAUCCUCAGAGAGGAGAAGUCUUAACUCACUCUGGGACUUCAUCAGCUCCUUCCACGUCCAUUUCUAACACCCUUCAUCAUCCCGAGACUACAACAGGAUCAGUUUACCAGCGAAGCCACACCCUAAAGAUAGGAAGGAGCAAAAAGAGUACAUCGGAUCCCCAAAUCCUUCAGUUUCCUCAUACCCGCACCCUACCUACACCUACGAGAUUUUCCGAUUACAUGGAAACGAUGAAGUCUGAGUCCGAACAGCAUGGCCCAACAGUGCUACCCUCGGCGCGCCAGGUAUUUCGAAAACGCCGGGAGUAUCUGUUGGUUCAGGCCCUCAAAGACAGUAUUAUCAACUUUUCUAGGACCAACCUAGCUUUGCGUACGUCUAUAGCGGAGGAGGUGAAGAAAGGCAUAGAGGGCAAUUUAACAGGCAUCGAAAAAGAUCCUAUCCAGAUCGUCACGACAGUUGGUUCUCAUGGCAAAACUUUUUGGAGCAGAGUGCAUCAAGAAUGCUAUCACAGCCAUGCCGUUCUGAGGAGCCAGCCUCUGCAUCAAAUCUACUCGAAGAAGGACAUUGAGAGAAUACUGUUCUUUUGGGCUGUUCAUCAGAGCACUCUUUCGUAUGGGGACAUCGCUUGCAAAUUGCAUCUACCAGUCGGUGCCCUUUUGUCGUGGAUAUUAGGAUUCAUAGAUCGCCCACAGGAAAUCUGA